AUGCUAGAAUGGAUUAUGAUAAAAUAUUUCAACCUCCUCCUGAUUUCAGGUGCUGAUGUUAACAGGAGCCUUUCUGGUGACUCUCCCCUACACAUUGCUGCUCGUCUUUCCAGUCCUGAGUUGGUUUCUGCCCUGCUCGAUCAUGGAGCCGACCAUCUCCUGGUGAACUCAGAGGGCAAGCGGCCUUUGGACCUUACUCCUCCUGACAGCCUAGUGGGGCGACUGCUGAGAGAAGCAGGAGGAAUACCUUCUCUAAAGCAGCUGUGCCGGCUACACAUCAGGAAAACUGUGGGAAAGCGGAGACUGGGUGGGAUUCCUGACCUUCACCUCCCCAAAAAGCUGCUACAGUAUCUUCUCUACCAAUCAGAGCAAAGCACCCAAAUCACUUCCAGCAAACAACCCCACACUCUGAGCUUUGAACAUUCUGGCCAGCAGGGGGAGAACUUGGACAACCUGGCAGGACAAUGUCCUUCUGAAACAGACUAUAAGGAGAGCCUGGAGAUCAGUGAGAGCUAAUUUAUUAUGAUCACAAAGAAACUUUAAAGCAUUGCCGAAAGACACUGUUAUAUAAUAUUCAUUGCAAAAAGCAUUCCAUUUGAAAACAAUACAAUCUAAAGCACGUAACAUAGCAUAUUAUCUUUUAGUAAAGCACUUGGAUCAUCAUUCAUAUUUUCUUUUUAAGGAUGUAAUUAAAAGCUGGAUUUUGUACAACGUCGUUAAAAGGAAAAUGUUUCACCAAUUUAUUGAUUCUUCUGAAUGAAAAUAAA